CAGAGGAGAGGAGCGGCCGCCAUGUUAACCAAGAAGCCCGGAGCCUCGGUCCUCCCGACGGGCAAACCAGGCGAGCCGGUCUGCUCUCCCGGACACAGCGGCUCUCAGACGACGUCUCCGGUCGCCCUGCCGCCGCUCCGCCACAACCCCCUGACGGGGGGCUCCACAGCGGUCAUGUCGGACCCGGUCCAGGUGCCGUCGCAGGUCCAAAUCACCCAGCUGUACGAGGACAACAGCAACAAGCGCUCGGUCCUCACCUCGCAGCCCAACGGCCUGGCUCCAAUAAGCUCCACCCGGCCGGGCCUGCCCCUCCCGGACCGGCAGACCUCAGCGGUAGAUCCGGGCCACCAUGGGCGCCAGGGCAGCGCCACCUCCAACAAGUCGGCUGACGGCAAGCCAAAGCAGACCCCUCUGACCCCCGAGCAGGCCUUGAAACAGUUCAUGUCCAAAAUGUCCUCCUUCGAGCACCAUGAGGUGUUCAGCUACCCUGAAGUGUUUUUUGUUGGACCAAAUGCAAAGAAGAAAUCGGGGGUUCUGGGCGGAGCCAACAACGGCGGUUACGACGAUGAACACGGCUCCUACAUCCAAGUCCCACACGACCACAUCGCUUACCGAUACGAAGUCCUCAAGGUGAUCGGGAAGGGCAGCUUCGGACAGGUGGUGAAGGCCUUCGACCACAAGACUCAGACCCACCUGGCUCUGAAGAUGGUCCGCAACGAGAAGCGCUUCCACCGGCAGGCGGCGGAGGAGAUCCGCAUCCUGGAGCACCUGAGGAAACAGGACAAGGACUCGAGCAUGAACGUGAUCCACAUGUUGGAGCACUUCACCUUCCGGAGCCACAUCUGCAUGACCUUCGAGCUGCUCAGCAUGAACCUCUACGAGCUCAUCAAGAAGAACAAGUUCCAGGGCUUCAGCCUCCCGCUGGUCAGGAAGUUCGCCCACUCCAUCCUGCAGUGUCUGGACGCUCUGCACAAGAACCACAUCAUCCACUGCGACCUGAAGCCCGAGAACAUUUUACUCAAGCAGCAGGGCCGCAGCGGCAUCAAGGUCAUAGACUUUGGGUCCAGCUGCUACGAACACCAGAGGGUUUACACCUACAUCCAGUCCAGGUUCUACCGAGCGCCAGAAGUGAUUCUAGGGUCCAGGUACGGGAUGCCCAUCGACAUGUGGUCCCUGGGCUGCAUCCUGGCGGAGCUGCUGACCGGGUACCCGCUGUUGCCGGGCGAAGAUGAAGCCGACCAGCUGGCCUGCAUCAUCGAACUUCUGGGCAUGCCCAGUCAGAAGCUCCUGGAUGCCUCCAAGCGGGCAAAGAACUUUGUGUCGUCCAAAGGGUAUCCUCGUUACUGCACCGUCACCACCCUGCCCGACGGCACGACUGUGCUGAAUGGGGGGCGCUCACGGCGCGGGAAGACUCGCGGACCCCCGAGCAGCAAAGACUGGAGCGCAGCGUUGAAGGGUUGCGACGACGCGCUUUUCCUGGACUUCCUCAAACAUUGUCUCGAGUGGGACCCGGUACUCAGGAUGACGCCCAGCCAGGCGCUGCGCCACCCGUGGCUGAGGAGGCGAUUACCCAAACCGCCAACGGCAACGACCACGGGGGAGAAAACUCCAUUGUUCAAACGGGGCACCUCCACCACCGACGGUGCCAUCACCUCCAUCUCUAAACUUGCCACGACCUCCUCCACCACCUCCUCCUCUUCCAAAACCAGGACUAACUUGGCAGCAAUCACAGAUGCCAACGGGAACAUCCAGACUAGGACGGUUCUGCCAAAACUGGUCAGUUGAGGGUGAACGCACCCCCACCUUCUGCAGCGGAGACAAAAACUGCUCAUGAGCGAUAGCCAGACCUAAAUAAAACUGGUGGGUCCAGUUUGGAUGAGGGUUUGGUUGUUUAUUGCACUGCUGGGGUGCAUUCAAGACAAAUGGAAACUUGGCGUUGGAGUAUUUAAACAUGCAAAGUGGCCGGGCUCAAACACAUAACGUGUUUAGAGGGGCCUCAAGUUUUUAGACCCGUCUUUUUUUUUAAAAAAAGGAUUGUUUUUAUAAUUUUAGCCAAGACAGGAAGUGAGAGCGUGUGAAGUGACUGUGGUGCGUUU